UUUGCCAUACAGAACGAUUCUUCUAUUUAUACCUUGAAAACAAGCAAUUUGUUAAGAACUGCUGACGAUCGUGACUUAGUGAUUUAAAAAGUCCAGGGCACGGUGUGUGGUCGUCACCUUUUACGUUUCUUGAUUUAACUGAUAUCCAGGCCCGAGAUAUAGUGAAGGUCCGAAGACGUGAAUGAGUCGCGAUUUGUAUAUCUCCCUAGCUAAGAUCACACAGUAGAGCAAGGUAGUGUCCAUCGAUGCUGCACGGAUGCGGCUCGAUACUGACCCUUGAUGGAUUAACCUAGCCUAGCCGAUGUUUUUCUCCUGUAUGGGCUAAUUGAGUUGGAGCCCUUCUGAAGGAGGAAGAAUCACCUCCCCAGACCGUUCCUCGAUCGCCUUCGGUCCAAUACCACCAGCGCCUGGGCUAGGGAAACCGUCGGCCUCGUGACGUCACUGUGGAGUACCGCUGCCGUGACCACGUAUAACCCCCCUCCGCGACACCGCCAUUGUGUACGGCCUUGGGGUGUCAACCGUCGUUGAGUUACGCGGAGCGACAAAAGAAGAAGGAAAAACAGCUUCUAGUCUAAGUGUAAUUUGUGUUAUUCCUUUUCGGACUGGAUCGAGAUGCAAAGGGUGACAACCCCACGCUAAUCAGGCACCGAACUGCUACCCUGAUUUGGGUUUCGAUUCAAGCAGAAUAUCAAGAUGUCUGUGGUGGUGGCUGCCUUUGUGGGGCUGUUUCUGUAUGGAGUCAUCCGACUACUUAACCUUGCAAGCCCUUCUCUCCCUCCAACCAUAUUUGCAAAAACCAAAAAUUCUGAUUUCUUUCAGGCUAUCAUUUCAUCAUGUCCUAUCCUGAGAGAACCAUAUGUACCACCACUGAUAUGGGGUAAGAGUGGACACAUCCAAACAGUGAUUUAUGCCAAGAUUGGGCGCAUGACCGAGCCUGUUCCAUCUGGUGUCAGACACACCAGAACACUGCAUGAUGGUGCAACUCUCACAUUUGACAUUUUUGAACCUAAAGUACCACACAAGACAGGUGAAGACUACUGCAUGUUGGUGUGUCCUGGUUUUGGAAGCAGCAGUGAAAGUUCCUACAUUAGAGCCUUAGUCACUAAUGCACAGUCAUCAGGUUAUCGUGUGGCUGUUCUCAAUCAUUUAGGCUCACUCUUCAGUGUCAAACUGACCGCUCCUCGUAUUUUCACCUAUGGUGGAUGGGAGGAGUUCCAUUUUAUGAGGCAAGAGGUAGAACAUCUUUAUCCGAGUUCAAAGCUAAUUGUUAUAGGUCUUAGCAUGGGAGCAAACAUCGUUCUGAAGUAUCUGGGAGAAGAUUGCAGCCACCAGAAUGGUAUCCUGUGUGCAUUUUCCAUCUGCCAGGGCUACAACAUCAAUGAGGCCAAACAGCUAAUGAUGAAAUGGGAAAAUAUGCGUCGAGCCUACUUGUACACAAUGACUGCCAACCAGAUCCGCCUCAUCAACCACCACCGUGAUGUUCUUUUCUCUGAAGAAAUUUUGCAACAGUUUGGCUUAGACCAACACAAGAUAAAUUCUGCGACAGUCCUAGCAGAUCUCGAUGAGCAUUUUUCAUGCAAACUUCUGGGCUGUGAAGAUGUUGUAGACUACUAUGAAAGAAACAGCUGUUGUCACUUCAUAAAUAACAUAAACAUUCCUCUUGUCCUGAUAAACUCGGAGGAUGAUCCAAUAAUACCUACCACCCUCUUCAAGUAUGCAAAGGAUUAUGCUGAAACUCAUGACCAAUCCCUCUUCAUUACUACAAAGCAUGGGGGUCACCUUGGCUACUAUGAAAGUGGAUAUCUUCGUCCACUUCAAGUGUCCUGGCUUGAUCGUUGUGUGUGCCAGCUUGCAGAUGCCAUAGUUGCCUUCAAGGAAAAGGAGCAGGGAAAAGGUGCCUUUUCAGCAUUGAAGGAUACAAUCGAGAUUGCUGAAGGGCGUUUAUUGCAGGAAAAAUGUAACAGUGAGGGUGAACUCAGGGAAGAGCGGCAAAAAGAAAUGGAUGAACUGCCUUCAUUUACCAGUGAUUAACAGAAUCGACAUCAAAGGAGUGACUGCUAAUCUGCUUUGUCUUUCAUGUGAAGCUUUUUUAUGGACUAGGAAAAAAAAGAGAAUAAUAUAAAGAUAGACAAGGUUUAAGUUCUGCAGAUUAAGAUCAGAAAUGUACAAGAUUUGAUUUUGCCAUCCUUAGUUAUUAUCCUUGUUAGUGAAGCAAUGAAUUUAAAUCUGUCAGAGAAAUCUGUAGUCCCGUCAGGGUUAUUGAAUGAUCAAACAAAGUCAACCAAAUUAGUCUUUCUUCUUAUUUGAUUUCACUUCAGAUUUGUUUUACAGUUAAAGGCAUGUUUGUUGGAUAAGGGAAAAAUCGUUUAAAAGAUAUUUUGAUAGAGUGUAUGGGUAAACAUCACCUACCAUUAUAUGCUCAAAGUCUCAGCAGAUUAAAGAAAGUAAAUGAUAUGAGCAGUGUCCAGGACUACUAGCCAGAUGCUGGUAAUGCUUGAAGAGUUGUCAUCAGCAUAUUUUGCUGGUAUUUGUUCCUCUUUGCAUAUAUAUUUUUUUCUGUCUUUUUACCAGUUUCCUUCCCCUCUGCCCUUCCCAGUCCAUAGAUCUUAAUCCUUUGUUUUGUAAACUUUUAUGCAAAGAGCAAAAUGUCAAAGAUUCUCUUUUUAUUAAGAGAAUGUAUUUAAUGCAUAGAUUAACUUGGUUUACUAGACUACUGAAAAUAUUUGUGUAAAUACAAAACUAAUUUUAAAGACUGUUUAAUCAUGAUUUCAGCAUUUUCAGUAAGUUUGGACCACUGUAGGAAAAAAACAGCUGUAGGCAUAUACUUGAACCUGGUUGCUGAAACUGGAAACAGAGUGGGUUUAUUUUUUUUUUUUUUUUAGUUUCUUUUCAAAUAGAGUAUUAAUAUGCAACUAAAUUCCAUCAUAAAUUUAUUGGCCAAUGUCUUACAGACAUGUCAGUUUUAUUUAAAAUUUUAUUUUUUAUUUAGUUUCAAUUAAGGUUAUGAAACAUGCAGAUAUAUACAUAAUUGGUUUACAUCCGUUUUCUGGUUAUAGGUUCAAUUUUUGUAGUGAUUGUAACAUUCAUAAUUAUAACAUACUGUGAUUAAAAGACAAGCAGUAAAUAAAAGUGCCUGCAGCUGAUGGGACCCUUUCUGAUCUAUGAACAUUAUACUUGGACAAACUACAUGACUUCUUUUGGGACUGUCAACAGAAAGGUGGAAAGUGAGAAAAUGUGUGUGUGUGUGAAUAAGUGACUGUGUUUAUGUUAAAGUGCAGAGAAAUGUACAAACUGGUUUGCAGCUUGGUUGUUAUAGAAAUGCUCUAUAGGAUAAAGUGAUGAGUGCAGAUAAUGAAAAUCUGUGUAUGUGUAUGAGAGAGAGAACAGUUUUUGUUAAAAACAACAGGAGCAGAAAAACAUUUUUCUUUGCUUGGAAAUUCUGCCAUUUUGGAGUUCACUUUGCAUGAGCAUGUUUGUCUUUUGUAUUAUUCUUUGAUUGUCUGCAUAGAUAUAGGAGGUGGGCAGGUUGUGUAUUAGUUAAAUGUUUCAUAAUAAUGAUUUUUGGGGGUUAACUAAUUAUUAAUCAUGUUUCUGACCAAAUGUCCUAUGUUCCACUUCUUAAGUGUUGACUUUAAGGUGCAUCUCCACUUCUUGUAAAUUUUGUAUAACCAAUGCAUUGAAUAGCAUUUGUAAAUCACAACUCUUUCAAGAACUGAUUUUACUAGUCAAUUAAUCAAUUGAAGAGUCUGUUUUAUGUACUUUUUGAAAGCAGUUUGGUCUUUAUUUUCGAUUAUUCUUUUUUUGUUAUGCGUUGCUAUAAUAGUUUACCUGAUCUCAGCUGUGUCACAUAUGGUAUCCGUUGCAUACCAAAGCAAUGUUUAGUCAACAUAUCUAUUGCAUGUAAACGUUAUCUAUACAAACAUGUUGUGCAUGUUUUUAUUUUUCUCUUAGCUGUUUAAUCACCUUGGUCCUGAGUUUUUCUUCCCAAAUAACUGUGCAUUGUUUUCACAGCUAUUUGCUUGCUUAUAUUUACAUUCCAGUCUGAUGUUGGAGGAGGGGGGUUUAAGCUAGAGAGCUUUACAUGCUGGAUAGCUGUAGCCUCACUAUCCUGGGGUAACCUGAUAUGACCCCAGUUGAAGCAAGAUUGAGUACCACUGGCUUAACUGACUUUGCAUAAAAAUUCUGGAGUAAACAUUAACUCAGUAUACCCAUUCUAUUUACUAAUUCUAGCCACCAUUGUAUAACUGGUGGCAUGAUAAUUGUAGCCAUGCCCAGUUUGUCAAUGUGAAGGCACUUAAUGAUGAUAGGUGAUUUCAUUUUAACCCAAAAUUCUAUUUAGUGUACAUAGUUUUGCCUGGAAGAAGUUAUAUCUGUAAUAACUUUCAUGUCAUUGUUUUGAAAUUUUCCUUGAAUGAUAAUGGUGACUUAGAGUAGGAAUGAUGUAAAUUUAAAGAAGCUUAGCAAGUAUUUUGAGCAUAUAAUCUUGUCCUGUAUGGCUUCUUUUGCCUUUUCCAAGUCAUAUUGAGAAACACUUUUGCUUUGCAGUCAUUAAAACUUCUGAGUAGAUUUUUGCCAGACCUCUUUUUUGGCACAAACUGCCAGCCAUUGCUUCCUCCAAUUCCUUCCCCUGCUCACAUGUAUUAGUAAUCAGCUUGCAGACUGACUUAAAAAUAGUCAUUAAAGGGAAGAGUUCUUUGUUAUUUUCUUAAAUGUAAAAUUAUUAUUUAUGAUGCCCAAAUUAAUGCCAUUUUCAUAAGUUGCAAAUAAUAGUUCUACAGCAAAUACAUGUGGGUAAACAGGUAUGUAGUAUGGAGCAUUAAGUAUGAAACCAUAAACCCAAGACCUCAUAAUUGCCAGACUUUCAUUAGGUUGCUAAGCGACUGUGGUUUUACUCCUUAACAUUAGGGGUAAAAUAUGUGUGUUUGGAGUUGCACUUAAGUAAGGACAUUUAGACAGAAAAUGCUGUUUGCCUGUCAAAUAGAAAUUAAAAAAUCCUAAAGCAUAUUUGUCAGAAUGUUUAUCAAUGAAAUUUUGUUAUUGUCUGUUUCGAAAGCUAUUGAAACAAGACUGUAUCAGAGGCAGAAAAUAUUCAUUUUUUUAUAUACGUCUUUAAACAGUUAUUUUCUUCCUGAUUUUAUUAUUUAAAAGUAAUGUUUCAGUGCCAUAUAUUGAAACAUGAGCUUUUGCAAAUUUGAGCAUGUUUGAAUGGUUGUAUUAUGGCAAUCCUUUCUGCAGUAUUUGUCUUUCGGCUACAGGGGUUGAUUGAAGCUAUUUGUAAUAAAUAUGAUUAUGGGUCUUCUGUGAUAAUUUUUGCCCCUACUGACUUGUCUGAAAAGACUUGGGAGAUCUUCAGGUGAAAUAACUGUACAUAUAUUACUAAUCUUGACUAAUGUGAACUGUUAUAUUUUGCAUGUGAGUUGUAUAUGCAUACAUAUUUGAGUAGAAUGGUUUGUGAAAUAUGCUAGUUCUUUCGGUGUCUUGAAAUAUUUCGCUUCAGGUUUAAUUUUCUCUGUGUAUGUGUGUGCAUUAGAACCAGGCACAUGUUUGUGUUUGCAUUUUGGACCAUUCAGUUGUCACCAUAACAUUUAAUAUGCACCCACACACACUCUAUAAAUAUAUAGUUAUUUUUUAGAUUUUAUUCUGCAUUUGUCUGACCUUUUUGCUGAAGAUCAGGAAAAAAAAUGCUCGCACAACUAGUUGAAAACUUGUCCUAAAAAUUUUUAUUCCUGGACAUUUACCAAUACUCUUAUAUCAGUUUAAUGACAUUUUGAAAUGUUACUCAGUUUAAAUGACUGGAUCAAGACUUCAACAGCACCAUUAAAGAGUGACUUUGAUCGAAACAUUCCAGAUUUAGUAUAUAAAUUCUUAUUCUGACACAAACAUUUAAGCUGGUUGACAAGCUAGUUCCGCUAUUCUGUACCAUAUAUCACUUUGAUGUUCUCUUAACUAUUUUCAACCUAAUUAUUUAUAAACAGACAGACUUGUGCAACUUAAAGUUUAUUUAAUGAGUAAUCGAAAAUGUUAUUAUGAUAACUACUUGGAUUUCAUUUUAGUACUGCCAUAAUCAUUUGUACCAUCUGAAGUCUGCUACCUCAUGCAAUUUUCACAUUUGAUUGUCUCUCAGAUAACUAGUGCUUUGCUUUGUGUCUUUACCUUGUAUAAUGUCGUGCCUUUUGCUGCAUAUUAUUGGUUCUGUAUGAGUAUUUUAACAUUAACCUGAUGUAAAAAAACAAAAAAGAGACUACUCGUGCUUAAGAUGUAUUUUGAGAUCAUUAAGAUUUUCGUGAGAGACAUGUUUGCAAUAAAAUUGACAUUUACUUAUAAA